AUGAACCUCAAUCACCCAUCUUUAGAUCCGCUGGUGCGAGAACGGAUGCUUAUGAGCGCACGGACAUCGCGCCAGCGCCAGUUUGAGGUGAUCCUUGUUGCUAGGCAGGAACGAGCUUUGGAAGAAGCUCGUGCACGAGAGGCUGGACGUCCACUAAGAGAUCCUCUGGUAAGCCAGAUGGGCGCUGGCGGUCGCUAUGAGGACCUUCCUCUCGCAAACCCCAGUGAUCUGAGUUUUAUCCAAGAUCCGCCAUCCUUUAUUGAAGUACCUUCCUGUCUCGGCGAAUUUGAGUCAAGUUGUCGCUGGGGAACUCCGCUCACAGUUGAGAGGAUCGUUUCGUCAAAAUCUCCUACGCCCACCCCUGCUUUCCUUCAUCAUGGUCUCUGCCUUGCCCUGAAAGCUGGUAAUGUGGAGGUUGCACGGUACCUCCUUGCCACUGGCGCGCCUAUUGUCCGUAGAACCCCGGACAAUAUCCUUCUUGCGUCUGUAGAUCGGCAGAUUCCUCUCUUCGAGGUGCUCUUCGCGCAUGGAUGGACACCAAACAGCCCUGCGGAGCACGGCGCUGUCCUACUGCCUUCGGUCCUGACCAACCACGCCCUCCUCCGGUGGUUUCUCGCGCAUGGCGCCAAUCCGAAUCUUGGCAAGCAGCAAGAGUACCGAUACGGCGGACCUCGGACUGAUUCAUGUAGUGUUCUCGAGGCAGCGGCACGUCAAGGAGAUGUAGAGGCUGCGCGACUGGUUCUGGACGCAGGUGCUGUUAUCGAAAACGGCUUCCCACUACAUGCAGCGGCUGCAGCGUUGCCCUCCGGUGCAAACCCGCAUGUUGGCCGAGUGACCCCGAGCAAGGAAUUUGAUAUCAGCAGAAUCCCAGUAAUGGCACUUUUGGUCGAGCGAGGAGCGGACGUUAAUCGACUCCAGGGACCACAGACAGGGAACAUGGUGCCAGGUUAUGCCAUCGUCCAGGCUGUCAUGGCGGGGGCAGUAGAGCGCGUUCGGUGGCUACUGGACCAUGGGGCAGACCCCACAAUAAGAGGUCCAUGGGGAAGUGCCCUGGAGUAUGCGUCCAAGAUGGGAAGUGAGGAAAUGCGAACAGUGAUUCAGGACGGAAUAGAUGCGAAAAAUUGGAUCCCAGGCUAG